AGAGGUGCAGGGGGGGCAAGAGGAUUCACCAGAGACAGUUGAUGAGGGAGUCAUCAAAGGGUUAUGAAGUGGUUGGAAUGAGGAUAGAGAGGAAUGGUCAAAUUCAGAAUAAGUUUUGGAGGCAGAACCAACAGAUCCAGCAGCAAUCCAGUAUAUGAAUGAAUGAGAGGAAGGGGUUGAGGGAAAGAGAAAUUGAGGCUAACUCCAAAGUUUUAAGCAUGAAAAACACAAUGUGUAAAUUGCCAUACAAACUGGAGAUAAGUGGGUUUGGGAAUCCAAGAGUCCAGUUUUGAAAGUGUUCAGCUGGACACCUAUUAGACAGGAGACAGUAGCUACCAGCCCUAAGCCAUCACUAGAGCUGUAAAUGUGGGAGACGUCAGCAUAGAGAGGGUGUUUAAAACACAAGACUAGAAUUGGUAAGAAUGUGAGUGCUGACAGGAAAGAGGUGUACACUCAAAUUGAGAAACUAAUAAGAAUUUAAUAGACAGUUUGCAAAGAGAAGUGAUGUGUGACAGUAUUACUCCCAGAUAACAACAGCCAGGAGCUGUAACCACCCUUGGCUCUGGGGAGAGUCCGCUGGGCAAAGCAGCCACCUCAGUUUCUGAAUGAAGGGACCCAGUGGAAACAAUUUCGAGGAAGAGGAUGUGGGAUAACCAUGCUAAUUGAGUCUCCUCUCUCUCAUCAAGUAGCACCAAUGCAAGCCAGAGGGGAAGUCCCUUGGUGUCAGUGAAACAGAUGGCCGGUGGGGGGGAAACCACCGGAGAGGGUGCUGUCCCCAACAUCCAGGAGAUGGAAAGGAGCCAGUGACCUAGUCUAGCAAAUAAGGUCAUCAGUAUCCUUGGGUGGAGAAGGCUCAGUGGAUGGUGGGAGUGAGAGCUCGGUUGAGCAUGGUAGAGGAUGGACAGGAAUGGUAAAGAGAGGAUGCAACUAUAGAGAUGACUCUUUCCAGAAGUAUAACUUCCCUUCCCACCUCCAAUUGGCAUUGCUAUCCUCUUUCACAGCACUGAAAAAUCCUUGGAGAGGGCCGAUGGCUCUUUCAGGUUAGGUGUGGGCCUGAUUCCAUUUAGGCCAAAUGGGGUCAGAGGAAGGAAACACAAAGAUGACCAGAGGGAGGGGCGCAGCAACAGAAAGUAAAAGAGAAUAGAAGAGGUAGGGGGGUCACCAAGGUAGACAGAGUUGGAUAAAUGUCCCUGGGGUGGGUCGCUAGCACAAGGGCAUUGAUUCAGUCCUUGAACAGCCGGGAGCUCUUUCCUGCAAACCUGCUUGCCUCUGACCUCCAGUGGGUCUUCCCAGAAGCCUGGCCCAAGGUGACCGCCGUCCAACCGCAGCCGCUCCGCUGCGCGCUGGGCGGACUCUUUAAGCCCCUCCCCCAACCCCUCCUCUGGGAGCGCGUUUGGCCGCGUUCGCCAGGCGAACUUUUCCUGGAGGGGGUGAGGAGAAGCUGCCUCUAAGCUGGGCGCGGGCAGCGGCGCGCGGCUUCUAGCUUCUCCAAGUCUAGCGAGCGAGACUGGGCGUCCGUGAGGUGGUUCCUGGCGCCCCCGCCAGCCGGACCGGAGUGCCGCAGUGUUGGAACGUGAAGCCAGGAGAGUCGCCGCCGAUUGGCACUGGCUGGGCGGGGCUGACAAGGCUUGGAAAAGAUGACUUUGGGAGCCAUCCUCACCGGAGAGCUAGUGGCUCAGAAUCCCAGCCCGGCGCGCGACUGGGACUAAGUCUGUUAAUGCGCGGGACACGGGGCCGAAAGGAUGGCGCCCAGAGAGUGGACGAACACACGACACCCAGACCAGUCUCCCAGGUAGCAGGCCAGAUCGAGGAAAGCCUUUUUUCAGUAAGUCCGGUGUCCUGAGCUGACAGGAGGCGAGCCUGUGGACGAAAUCUGGUGACCAAAGAGCCCCGACCUCGUGGGCGGGGCUGGGGCGGGGCCGGAGCCCUCUGGACAGGUGCAGGAGGCGGUGCCCGGCCUGCCCCUUGGGGCUGUUCUACGAGGCCAGGGGCGGGUCAGAGGAGAGGCCCGUGCAGCCGAAGCUUAGGAUCCCAAGGGCGGCGGCUGAGGCCACAAGUGCCGCACAGGGCACGGUCAGCUCUAGACGUCAAAACUCCGUCGCUGAGCACCGAGGCUCGUGAACUGCUUCCAAUCCUGGACACCGAGGCUCCUGGACCGGAGAGCGGAAUCCUGGGGUCGUUUCAAGAGCGGGGCCCCGAACCCCCAGGGUCAGACAGAGAAGUCCCCGAUACUGGCGCAGAGGGCACCGAGGUCCCCCGGGCCAAACGGAGAGGUUCUUGCACCCUCCACAGAGCAAAGCGCAGAGACCCUCGGAAAAGAGAGCAGAGUUCUUGAACUAUCUAGCCUGCAGAGUGCAGAGUGCACCGGACUGUCCGCGCUUGGGGGAUUUGAGAGUCCUGGGCCAGGUAGUGACGACCUGCGCCAUCUGAAACGCGAAGCGCGUGGGUCCUGGGACUGUGUCCCUCUCUGAGUACCCAGACCUCCUCCUCAGUCUCUGGCCUAUCUUUUUCUUUGUGCACUGAAACAACAGAACAGCUUCGAGAGGAGUCGCUCAUGGAGACGCCCAUUGAGCGCGAAAUCCGCCGCAGCUGCGAACGCGAGGAGAGCCUGCGCCGGAGCCGGGGACUGAGCCCGGGUCGCGCGAGCAGAGAACUCGUCGAGCUGCGCGUGCGACCCGUGCUCACCCAGCCGGGCCCGGGUCCCGCGCUCCCGCGCGCUUUGGAGCGCGCGCGUGCGGGCGCACAAAUGCAAAGAGACAUCGAGCGGGAGGCCCACCGGCAGGCGGCACUAGUGCGUCGGGCUGUCCCAGAGCAGCCGCCGCAGCCGCAGCGGCUGGGCGAGCUUAAGCGCUUCUUCGAGGCCGCUGGCGCGUGUGGCGCUAGCCCGCAACAGAAGACAGAGUCAGGAGGCCAGCCUCGCUUGGCAGUGCAGGGUCGGCACCCGGUGCUCGCUCGGGCUCCGCCGCCCAUUGCGCGGUCACUACUGGAGCAGGAGGUUCGUGAGGUGCAGGAGCGCGAAUUGGAGCUGCAGCGCCAGCGGCUCAGCGUCUAUGGCACCGCCGAGUUCAAGGAGCCGGCUCCGAGCCUAACGGCUGGUAAGAAGGAGGGGCAAUCCCGGCUGAGCGCUCCUUCCCCGGAAGCGUGCAGGGGCGACGGAAAGCUGGCGGUGAUCUGGCCUCCUCGCAGAAGGGCCGCGGAGAACGGCCUGGAGCAGGACGAGCGGAAACCUUGAGAUUCGAGCAGACUUGUGUCUCCCCAACCUGAAUGAAUGUGCCCUUCAGAAUGUGCCUCCCAGGCAAGAGCGCCCAGGAGUACCCUCCGGACGGCCAGGGAAGAUGAAAUCAACCAUCCUUGAAUCUGAUUUUUGUAAAAUUGACCAGUCUCUUCUAUAAAACCGUCGGUCCCCAUUGGGAAACACCACCACUGAUAACACUGCCAGUGAAACUGUCCAUUCCACUUAUAACUGCAAAUCAAACCAGGCUCUCCCUCCUGCGUUGACUGUUAAGAAGGCGGGGUGGGGGGUAGAGUGGUCCCCGCCUCACUUGUUACCCCUCUCUCAAUAAAGCCCCUUCUUUCUGGGC